AUCAUGUAAUGUGUAAACACAACAGUCAACAACGAUGACGCGUCGCGAAAAUGACAAGCGCAAGGCUACCAUGACAUCUGUACGUGAUGUGAACAAACGGGAAUACAAGUCUUUAAAUUGCUGCGUCUAAAGUUAUCUUGCAUGGAUGAUAAACAAAAGCUACAAAGUGCUGUAGCACUUCAAGAAAGCCAAACUUCAUCAAUAAAAUCCACCAGCAGUCUAUCAAAAGAUGAAGAUGCUGAAACAGACACUACUGAACAAGAAGAUCGUGGCAAAGAGUUCCUCAAGGCAUAUUUCUCCUCUGACUCAUCAGAAAGUUCCGCAUUAACAGCCUCACUCCUAGCUCAAGUUAGUGCAGAUGAUCCAUCAGUUGCAGCUUCACUUGGUUUACUCUAUGACUAUUAUGUCCACGAAUCUGCUAGAUCACCCACUUCACCCACUUCUGAAAAUGAUAGCACUGGAAGUGUCACGUUAGCUGAUGUUCUGACUCCAACUGAGGCUCACGUUACUGUUGUUCAAUCAAACAUCUCUGAAUUAAAGCGGCGCAGUGAUAGCGAACCUCCAAGACGAAGUACGAGUAGACAGAGUCAAACAAGAUCAUCUACGUCCGCCUCUGUUGAGUGCAAUGUUUCGAAGGAAAUGAAACUGGAUAAGGGUCUUGGAAAAAACGUUGUGAAAAAUAACGAUUUUUUAACUUUCCUAAGUACAUAUCAAAAGUCUACAGUUCCAAUUGAAAAGAACAGCGUUACGAUAUCAAUCGUGAAGCAACAAACUAGCCCGUCAGAUUGUCGUAAAAAAAGUGAAGCUCAAUCAUCGACAGUCGGUAGCUCUGUAUCUCCGGCUUCCUCAACAGAAAUAUCCCCUUUAGUUCGUAGACACGAGGGAUUCAACUAUACGUGUUAUGUUCCCACCAUGAAGCCACAGACGCUUUUUGCUGCGCAGGAAAAGUAUUGUUUUACCUUAGAAGCUCCUCCUUCGAUCAUUCAGAGACGCGGAGAAGACUCUUUGACGUAUCUAAACAAAGGACAGUUCUAUUCCAUUAACUUUGAAGCAAAUGUAUCCGAGUCAUCUGGAGUUCAAAACACAAAAGUGAAGUCUAUCUUGCAUUUGGUUUUUCGCGAUGAAAAAGAUCCCAAUGUCGAGAUUCAACAUUGGCGUUAUUGGCACGCGCAACAAGCUAAUCCACAGCAAAGAGCAUUUGAUAUUGAUCGCAAGUCUUGUGCAAACAUCGACGAUCAUGUAGAUGACAUUGCUUAUAAUGCGGCUGCGUUUUACUGGGAUAUGAACGUGAAUGCCAAGAUUGUUUUACGUAUGAACUGCUUGAGCACUGAUUUCUCUUCACAAAAAGGAGUGAAGGGCAUUCCAUUGCAUCUUCAAAUUGACACGUAUGAAGAUGUAGAUGUGCCCGAUGCUGAACCUGUCCAUCGUGCUUUUUGUCAAAUCAAAAUAUUCAGAGAUAAGGGUGCAGAAAGAAAAAACAAGGAUGAGUCACGAAGUGCUGAAAAGAGAAUGCAGAAGUUAAUGAAGCAAAGCAGUUCGUUAGUGGAUUCUGCGAUUUCGCCAUCGGUAUUUCAAACACCAUCUAAAUUUACGAAGCUAACUCCUACGACACCUUUAGGACCUAAGCCAAUUCUAUUUAGUCCAAACGAAUGUUUCCAUUUGAAUGAAGCCGCAAUUCAGAACGCCACUUUCCUGCAUGCAGUAAAAAACGAGAACAAACGACGAUUGAAGGCUUCUUUGGACAUCGCUAAUGAUGAGCUUGCUGAUUUGGAGUUUAUACCACGAAACAAAGCUCAAAGGGUACAAAGACCCCCUCAGCCAGCUGUUACUAUAUACGUCAAAAAAGAAGAGGAGAAAGUUUACAAUGCGCUAAUGCUCGAUUCCUUUGGUGUUGUUGACCUCCGUGAAGCAGUAGCUCAGAAAUAUGAUAUUCCACCAGAGAUGAUAAAAGCGGUGUAUAAGAAGACCAAGAAAGGAAUUUUAGUAAAUAUGGACGACAGAAUGGUGGAGCAAUUCGUCGACGAGGACGAUUUUAUCAUCAAGAUUGACUUUGACAACCAACUUGGGCAUUUCGAACUUACUCUUUUUUAUUAACAUAAAUUACGGUGACAAUCAUCUUCCAUUUCCUUGGAACUAAAUAUUCUCACAGCAUACCAAACUAUAUGUAGCAACGUAAUAUUUUCGAGCCUCGCGGCUUUUAAAAACCCAACGAUUGACACUGGGUAAAAAAGUAAACAUUUAUUCUAAACAUUUCGACAAGUAUUGCAUGUCAUCAUCUGAUCUUGUUCUAUGUAGCAAAGUAGCCAAGUUACCUUUUACGGAGUGUCAAUCGUUUUUUGUUUUAUGAUUUUGGCCUCGCGGCUGUGUUUUACAUUUAUAUGUUUUGUAUAGCAGUAGCAAAUGAUUCUCGGCUGUGACGGCAAAAGUCUAUAAAAGUGUGGAUUUUUUUAAAAUAAGAGUGCAAAAUUAUGUAAUCACACGCAGUGUAAAUUAUUGUGAAUGACUAUUGUUGGAAAUUGUGCA